CCAUCUGCUCUGCGCUCGUCUGCUGCUGCAUGAAUCCCAAGAGUUUGAUCGGCACGAUGUCCUCCGCCGCUUCCCAGUUCAUCAAGUUUGUCAACGCCUCGCCGUCGCCCUUCCACGCCGUCGCCGAGUCCAAGAAGCUUCUGCUCGAGCAGGGCUUUGUCGAGCUGAAGGAGCGCGACAGCUGGGCAAACAAGAUCCAGCGCAACGGCAAGUACUUUUUCACCCGCAACCAGUCGGCCCUGAUCGCCUUCGUCGUCGGCGGAAAGUAUGCCCCCGGCAACGGCUUCUCGAUCCUGGGCGCCCACACCGAUUCGCCGUGCUUGAAGCUCAAGCCCAAGUCCAAGAAGGAGUCUGUGGGCUAUCUCCAGGUCGGCGUCCAGACUUACGGUGGCGGCCUCUGGAACACCUGGUUCGAUCGCGACUUGAGUAUCGCUGGCCGUGUCCUUGUCCACACCCAGGAGGACAAGUGGGAGCACCAACUUGUCAAGAUCGACGAGCCCAUCCUCCGAAUCCCGACCUUGGCCAUUCACCUGGAUCGCGGCAUCGACGAAGGCUUCAAGUUCAACAAAGAGGUCCAGCUCACUCCCAUUCUGGCCUCGGCCAGCAAAGCCCUCAACGGCGAGAAGAAGGACGACAGCGCCGUUCACCACCCUGUCCUGCUCCAGCGCAUCGCCAAGGAGCUGAACAUUCAAGCUGAUCAGAUCGGCGACUUUGAGAUUUGCCUGUACGACACCGUCCCCGCCACCAUCGGCGGCAUCGAGCAAGAGUACAUCUUCUCCGCGCGCCUCGACAACUUGAUGAUGUCCUUCUGCUCCAUCAAGGCCCUCACCAACAGCCUCCGCGAACCCACCUCCGUUGCCAACGACCCCAACAUCCGUCUUGUUGCCUUGUUCGAUAACGAGGAAGUUGGAAGCAACACCGCCCAUGGUGCCGACUCAAACCUGCUGACCGUGGUCCUGAAGCGCAUUGCUGAUGUGGAUAUUGUCGGUCUCAGCGCUCCAGUCUCGAAGACUGCCUUUGAGGAGUCGCUGCUCAAGUCGCUGCUCGUCUCUGCUGAUAUGGCGCACGCUGUCCACCCCAACUAUGCCGAAAAGCACGAAAGCAACCACCGGCCCCAGAUGAACCAGGGUGUUGGCGUCAAGAUCAACGCCAACCAGCGCUAUGCCACCACUGCCGUCACCACCCUGAUCAUCCGCGAGCUGGCCAAGAAGCGAAACACCCCCAUCCAGGAAUUCGUCGUUCGCAACGACUCGCCCUGCGGCUCCACCAUCGGCCCCAUGCUGAGCGCCAAGCUCGGUCUGCGAACCGUCGACAUUGGCAACCCCCAGCUCAGCAUGCACUCGAUCCGCGAGACCUGCGGUGUCCACGAUGUCCAGUACGCCAUCGAUCUCUUUGAGUCCUUCUUUGAAGACUUCCCUUCGCUCGAUGCCCGCAUCACCGUCGACUAAGCCGCGCGAUACAGCAAAAUAGCAGCAAUAUAUUACCCCUGCGUGUGUGA